AUGAAGCCAGUCGUUUCUACCGGAAAUGCGUACUGCUGCACAAUUUUGUCAUCUUUUGCUAUUGUAAUCUUGUCUGUGAUUGGCUACUUGUUUAAAAUUGGCCAUGAGUCCAUGAUGGGAUCCAUUAACGAUCCUGAAGAUGGAGAGGCUGUAGCCAAAACCGUUUUCGGAGCAGUCUUUGUUUAUUUGGGAUUCUUCUUGUUCUGUGGUUUGCAAAUCCUUUUGAUCAGAAGACAGGACAGAAUUCAGUUGUAG